ACACAACUUACCCUCUCGUUCAUCCUAUCCUUAUACGUUUAUAUCAUUAUAACGCUCGCCACCAUGUCCAUCGAAACCCCCUUCCCACACCUAACCUGUACCUCUGCAGCCCCCCUCCAGCGGGACGUCCGCCGCGUCUACCAACACAUCUUCAAGUCCCGCCUCGCGGCCGGGACGGUACGGCCUGUCGUGGCUCCAUACCAUUAUUACGGCAUUGUCCUCCUCUUUGUCUACCUAUGCAUUCCACACACGAAGUCGCCGUUGGUGUACGCGGCUCGCUGGCCGGUGCUGGCUGCCAUCGUGCAUUUCCAGUGGAAGGAGCUAUGCGAGACGAGUAGUGGGAGCACGGAUAUCGCGUACUAUGCCGGUGUUGCGUCGGCGUGGCUGAUGGUGCUGAGUGCGACGUGGUUGGUGUGGUGUAGACCGCAGUUUGAGGCGCGGAGGUUGAACAGGCGGAGAAGGACGGCGGUGGUAGUGGUGGGCGGGGCGGAGAAAGGAGCAGCGGAGGGCAAAGCGAGUGGGAAUGCUGUGGCGGGAGACAAAGGUCUGAAGCAGCGGCGCGGGGUAACUGGGGAGUGGCUGUACUACUGGCAGCCAUACCCAGAUAACCUCCGCGAACGAAUCCCCUGGGUCUUCGACCUGCUGUCGAACUACCGCGGCGUUGGUUGGAACUGGGCCAUUACCAAGGUGCCCGAUAUCCCACUCCCUAUCAAACAGCAGCUCGGAGAUCCCAUUGAUCACAAUCGACCAAAGGGAGGCUCCCACCGCUACUUUACCACCCGGCGCGCUCACUUCAAGCAUCAUUUCCCGCGCUUCAUAGUUCUCUACCUCCUUCUCGAUGCCAGCAAGACGAUUGGGGCCAAAGACCCCUACUACGCCUUCGGACCAAACACCUACGCUCUCCCUCCGUAUCUUCAAAAUCUCUCUCCUCUGACGCUCUACGCCUACCGGUGGGCCCUGAGUUCCUUCGCUACUGUUGUCUCGCUGAACUUGCUCUUCAGCCUGGGGGCGCUGGUCGCGGUCGUUCUCCUCGGACCGCGAGUCCUAGGCCCGACAUUCGAACCCUGGUGUUUCCCUGAAGCGUGGGGUUCACUCGCCGACAUAUACGACGGAGGCCUGGCCGGGUUCUGGGGCAGCUGGUGGCACCAAUCCUUCCGCUUUGCCUUCUCCGCGCCGACCAAUUUUCUGGCCCGUAAAGGGUACUUGGAUCCACGGUCAACUACGACUCGGGUGCUGGCCCUCUUCGUGGGGUUUGGGCUCUCGGGCUUCGUGCACGCAGGGGGAUCGCUGACCCAGCAGUCGCACACAUAUCCCUGGCACUCAGCGCUCUUCUUCCUGGUGCAGCCGCUCGGCAUUCUGCUUGAGCAGGCUUUCUGCUCCCGCUUCCGAUCGGGCAUCGCGCGACUCCCGCGGUUCGUCCGGCGGGUAGGGAAUGCGGCAUACACGACGAUAUGGUUCCUGUGCACGGCGCCGAUGCUCCAGAAUGACAGUGCGCGCGGAGGCAUGUUCCUCUUUGAGCCGCUCCCGCUGAGCCCCACCAAAGGCCUGGGCUUCGGGCUCCCGGACGAGGGGUGGUGGUACCUGGACUCGUACCUGAGCCGGGGGGAGAUUCCGUUGUGGUAUCAGGGGAAGCACUGGUGGCAGAGCGGGGUCAGGGUUGAUGCCUUUACGACUCUAUAAAGCAGAUUACUGAGCGUGGUGUUGUUAUUACUGGAGGAAGAUUGAUUACAGCCGCCUGACUGAGAGGGCCGUUGAGACUGGCGCAGAGCGACACACCUAGGUGAUCAACUCAGAAUAGAAAUGAAUCAUUAUUGUAUACGGAGUCAUCG